AUGACGAUUCGAGCAAUCUGGACGCUUGUUAUGAUCGGUGGAUUUUUCGUGAUUUUAGCCGCAGGACAUUUUUUUGUCAUCCUUCUUGUGGUGGUAAUUCAAACAUUGGUAUAUAGAGAAGUUAUUGCACUAGCGCAUGUUCCGAGCAAAGAAAAGAAACUACCCUGGUUCAAAACACUCAAUUGGUAUUUCCUUGUAAGCACAAACUAUUUUCUUUAUGGAGAAUCGAUAAUUUAUUACUUCAAAGAAAUAGUUUUUGUGGAUGCCUUUCUUCUGCAUUUUGCCACCCAUCAUCGAUUUAUCUCAUUUACCCUAUACUGCAUAGGAUUUGUAUUCUUUGUUGCAAAUCUCAAAAAAGGACAUUACAAGUUCCAAUUCACGCAAUUUGCUUGGACACACAUGACUUUAUUGAUCGUUGUCUGUCAAAGUCAUUUUAUCACAAACAAUAUAUUUGAAGGCUUGAUCUGGUUUGUUCUUCCGGUAUCCUUGGUGAUUUGCAACGAUAUCUUCGCCUACAUAUGUGGAUUCUUCUGGGGAAAAACACCAUUGAUAAAAUUAAGUCCUAAAAAAACUUGGGAGGGGUUUGUUGGAGCGUGGAUCUGUACAAUUAUUUUUGGCUUUUUUUGGGCUUCAUUAUUAAUGCGUUGGGAUUAUAUGGAUUUCGGUGCAAGUGCACUUUCAGGCAUGACAUGUGAACGGAAUCCGGUGUUUGUUUCUCAAAAAUAUGUACUUAGUCCUUGGAUGGUUGGCUUUCUAAAACGAUUGACCUUCUUUGCCGAUAUUCGUGCGGUAUGGAUUGCACCACUUCAAUGGCAUGUUUUGGUGAUGGCAUGUUUUGCCUCGUUAAUUGCUCCGUUCGGAGGAUUCUUUGCGAGCGGAGUAAAAAGGGCGUUCAAAAUAAAGGAUUUCGGGCAUUCCAUUCCCGGACAUGGCGGUAUUACUGAUCGUAUGGAUUGUCAAUUCCUUAUGGGGUUAUUUUCCUACAUGUAUUAUCAGAGUUUUAUCAAGUAUACUUCUUUAUCGGUCGGUACAGUCCUUCAGACUAUUGUCAGUUCUCUGAAACCGCAAGAACAAAUUGAACUGUUGGAUA